AUGGAUAGCGACAGCGAGGCCGAUCAUAUUGCCGAUCAGGACUCGGUUAUUACCCAGGACAGCGAUAACGUUGAGGACGAGGCAUUCCACUCCGAAGACCCGCCAAUUCCGUCGUACGCCAGCGGAAAGAAGACGGUAGCAUUUGACGAGAAUAAGAACCAGAUCAACGAGAGACCGCUGAACGACAGCGAGUACAGCGGCUCGACCAGCUCGUUUGUAGUCGAUACAGAGUUCCAGAAGGGCAUGGAUGCCAGAUUGGCAUUGCAACAGGUGUUUGAGCCAGAGGAGUUUGUGACCUCGUCUCCUAUCAAGCAGGACGAAGUGUAUUUUGAAAAUAGCACGAUCUACGACAACCCGAUGAACUCACCACAAAUAUCUCGUCGGUUGGAAACAGACUACAGCUACAUGGUUCCGUUCUACCAGAACGACGAGUCGAGAGAUUCGUCGCCGACGAAAACCUACACCAGAGCGUCCCUUGGCGACGACAUUCCUAUUCUAGCACACGACUCGCACCAACCGGUGUCCAGGGAAACUAUUCUAGACGAGCAGAGCCAGCAGGAGAACGAGUGCGUAAUCCAACCAUACAAUGCCCCACCUCGUUCAAGACAACAGACAGAGUCCGUACAGCUUCAGGAAGUCAAUGCUGCCAGAUUUGUCAACGGCAGUGUGCGACUCCACUUGGACACUUUGUCAGAAACGAAGCCAGGCAAUCCAGAUAUAGAAGCCGUGAUCAGCUAUUUCAAGCUGGAAAGAGAGCGGGCAAUGGCCGAGCGAGACGCAGCGCUGCAAGAGCUCGACAGAAUCAAGUCAGUCCAGACAGAGCCGGAGGAUGAAACCAUGAGCAACAAGCUCGCACAGUUCCUCAAAAGCCUGUCGUCAACAAUCAACACGCUGGAGUCGCGCGUGGAGAAAGACCUCGACGACGAGGUGAGAAAACUGCGCUCAGAUAUGGCCCAGGUGCAGAAGGAUAAAAUGGAAGCCAUGUUUAAUGCGGGCGAGUACUUGCGCGAAUGCAACAAAAAGGACACUAUUAUGCGGCAAAUCAAGCCGCAGCUCAUAUAUCUCUACCAGGAGCUGCUGAUUCCCUUCGUGAACUGCGGAGUUGCCGACAGUCUGGUGGCCGGGACGCAGAAACACGAGAUCAUGAAAUUGUACGACUCCUUGGUGAUGGGGCCGCACAACUCGCCAGAGACCACCAACAGCAGCCAUGGUGGACAUGCGUUUGACUACCAGCAGUUUUCUGUGCUGAAUAGCAAGCUAACGGAGUACUUUGCAGACCUGGCGUUGGCUCUUAGGAACCUGGAAAUUGUUAAGAGGCCGAUCGACGCGCCCAUUUAA